CAGUGUCACGCUCGGUCAUGAUGCGCACACCAGUGAGAUCACCAAAGCCCUCGAACUCCUGGUGGAGCCAGUCCUCGGUCACAUUCCACGAAAGGUUACCAACGAAGAGGUUGGCCGAGGCACCGCCAGCGGGCUCUUCGGUCUUGGACUUCUUGGGAGUAGAGGAUUCCUCCUCAUCAUCAGCCUUGCGCUUCUUGGAGUCCUUGGCGGACUCCUCGCUGUCGGACUCAGAGUCCGAAGAGUCAGAGCCAGACUCGGAGUCAGAAGAGUCGGAGUCGGAGGAAGACUGUAGAUGGGUCUUGGUCAGCGUUUAGUCCGUAACUAUCAGUAAGAUGUUUGUCAAACGCACCUUCUCAGUCUUCUUGGCCUUGGCAGGAGCCUCCUCCUCGCUCUCGGAGUCGGAGCCAGACUCGGACUCAGAGUCGCUGGAGUCCUUCUUGGCAGCAGCCUUAGGAGCCUCCUUCUUGUCGGAGUCAGAGUCCGACUCGGAAUCGGAAGACUCAGAGUCAGAGGACUCGGCCUUCUUGGCAGGCUUCUUCUGCUCCUUCUUGGGGGCAGGCUUCUCCUCCUCAGACUCAGAGUCGGAAGAGUCAGAAGACUCGGAAGAGGACUCCUCCUUCUUCUCGGCCUUCUUGCCCUUCUUGGGCUCCUCGGCCUUCUUCUGCUGCUUCUUGGGGGCAGGCUUCUCCUCCUCACUCUCGCUGCUAGAAGAAGCAUCCUCCAUGUCCUCGUCGCUGUCAGACGACUCAGACUCGGAAGAAGACUCAGCCUUCUUGGCGGGCUUCUUCUGCUCCUUCUUCACCUCCUUCUUGGCAGGCUUCUUCUUCUCAUCCUCGCUCUCGCUCUCACUCUCGCUGGAGCUGGAGCUCGACUUCAUCUCCUCAUCGCUGUCGGACUCAGACUCGGAGCUGCUACUAGGAGUAGGCUCCUUCUUCUUGCUCUUGGACUUCUUCUCCUUGGUGGCCAGGUCGCGAGCGAUCUGCUUGCUCUUGGCCUUAGGAGACUGAGAAGACUUGGUCACACCAGCAUCCUUGACCUUGCUCAAGGACUUGUCAACGGGCUUCUCGCCGCCCUUCUUGGAAACCGACUUGGUCUUAGACAUUUUGGAACUGGAAAGAGAGAGCGAUAAUCCGUAGGAUAGAAACCGACAGAAAAACUCAAAUGGUGCGGCAGAUUCAACACGAUCCCACAAUCACCCGAUUUAAUCUCGACACGAAGGAAGAGAUUUUUAGCACAGAUACCCACAGGUAACCCACAACUGACAAUGUUCAAGCCCACA